AGGAAAAAACAUUGUACCUUCCGUAGAGGUACCAGAGAGAAGAGACCAAGAAAGCUAACGACAAAAAGAAAGCCAAUCAUCCAUCCCAAAGCCGGAUUUUUGAAGUCACUGGUGUCUGAAGAUUGCUUGGCAGCGCUCUCACUCAUUCCAAAAAAGAUAAUUACCGCUAAAGGCGAGGCCAGAAGAAGCAACAACACAGGUUUGAAUGACAGUGUUCUCUUGCCUAGUAAAGGGCUGCUUCAACAUCCCUGACCUCUCCACCAACUUGGUCCAAGUUUUCACAAAGAAGAACCCCAAAAGACCCGCCGAGACGUUAAGCGAAGGGACAACCCCGACGGUGAGGCUGAACUUCAUCACUAUGAAGCUGAACAGUAUGCUCAGAGCAAAGCUCACCACAAAUGCUCUUACUGUCAACUGUUUCCGCCACGAUGGAACCUCUUGAUUCUCGAACAUCUGUUCGACGGAGAGUCCUGUACCGUCAUCGUGAUCUUCUCCUCCUCCUCGCAUGCUCUUGUUCUUAGCAUUCUUCUGGUUGGGAUCCUCAUGAUCAUCAUGAUCAAUAUUAUUAUGAUCUUGAUUUGCUUCCUCUAGUGUAUCUCCACCAUUUUGAUUUACCGCUUUCUCCGUCGUCAUUUGUUUAUCCGUUUGGUCUUUUGCCUUUU